GUUUAACAAUUUGUCAAAAAAUGUACGCAAAUGCCGGAAUGAAACACAAAGUGGCAAACACUAUAUAAUAUAGGCGGUUUGCUAUUUUCAGGCUUUUUGAAAGUUGGCUAGUGAAAGUUGUAUUGAACUCUGUGCGUCUCUUUCGAAAUCUCCAACACAAUCCAAGCGAUUGCACGUAGCAUGAAUACUGAACAGCACGUGAGCCGGACGGUAGCCACAUUUCUUGCAAGAAUACACAAGUGAUUCCAAGUGAUUCCAAUUCGACUUCGACUCCACGCUGCAUAUAUGCCCUAUAAGUGGGGGCCAAGCCUUUCGGGGGAAAUGCGAUGGCAGUUAUAAAUACUUGCACACACGUCCGUCGUCCACCUGAUAUUUUCUUUGCAACAAUGUUUUCGGCCACAAAUUUAUAAAGCGACGGACGGCAAGAAAAACGUUUAUUGUACUUUUAGGAACCGCUUAACUCAUAUCUCAACGCGAUCGAAAAAUGCGUACCGCAUACCUUGUCGUUCUCAUAUGCACUUCCUGCAUCUGCGUUUGUGCUGGAGAUAGCUAUUCCGGGGAUAUCCAGAACUCGAACUCAUUGGAUUUCGGCAACGACAGUGGGGGCUACAGCUACAGCUCCCCACCCAGCAACAGUUACCUACCUCCAGCCACUCCUGCUCCGGAGUACCUGCCUCCGCCGAACAAUGGAUACCAGUACAAUCCGCCGCCAAACAACAACUACCUGCCACCGCCCAACAACAACUAUCUGCCUCCUCCGCCGGAAUAUGGACCGCCAGCUGGCUAUCCUUCCUAUGGACCACCACCUCCUCCCUUUUAUAAGCCAGCUCCAUUCAUUCCCUACCAGUCGCACGAAUCCAUUCUGGAGAAGCUAAAGUCCAAGAUCAACUUGUAUACGCUCGGAAAGAUAUUGCUCAAGCUGUUGAUAUUCAAGAAAAUCGUCAAGUUCAUCGGCUUGAUUUUCCUGCUCUUGGUGCUGCCGAAGCUGAAAAACAUUUUCAAGGAUGAUAUGAUGUCUGGAUCGGGUGAGAGCGAUGGAAUGGAAAGCAAACUUGUAGAAACCGAUAAGGAUAAAUUAGCGCAACAAAUAGAAGACCUCUACGAUUUUGUAAUAAAUUCUAUAGAAAAUUUUGAAGGAAGAAGUUCGUAGACCAAUACCAAAAUUAGUUAUAAAUGCAUUGUUACAAAUUGUAUUACACUUGAUUAUUUAUUUGUUAAAAUCUUAUGAAUAAAAGUAUGUCGUAUUGUA